UUCUCUCCCUUUUGUUUGCUUAUAAUCUUUAAGCUGAAGCACCUGCAAAUGCCAGAAAACUGGGGAGGACUUGUUCAGGAUGCCCAGGAUAGCAGAUCAAGUUCUUUCUCUUUUGUAAGAGUCUUACUGAGCUAGAGCGACUCCAUGUUGACCAGCAAAUGACCCAGAGACUGUUGUUCCCCCACCCCUUAUAGGAAAGUAAUGAUUAAUUGUGAAUUACUAGGUAACUGCUUGGGAGUAGCUGGGAAACUAGACAGAAACUGUAGCAAACAUAGAGACCCAAAGUAAAUCACUCCACUCCUUGUUUGCCUGCAAUUGAAUGCUCUGAAUACCACAAUCUAUAAAACAAUGGAUAAUUGAUCUGCUGACCGUUAGUAUAUAACGGUCCAGUACAUGAUUGAUGACCACCAGCUCGGAUCAACUGACCGCUUGCCUUUGUCCCCCUCCUGCAUCAUUUUCUAAUGUCCAGGAAUGCGAAGCUUAUGAGAGAGCAGUCAUAGUUGCUGGUCUUCCUGUUGACCUUUUCAGUGAUCAGCAGUUGGCCAUGUUGGUGAAGAGUUACUUCCAGGAUGUGAAGACUGAGGCUGGAGAAGUUGAAGGUGUGAUAUAUCCAACAAGGACCAAGGGAGUUGCAUAUGUAAUAUUCAAAGAAAAAAAAGUUGCAAAGGAUGUGGCCAGACAAAAGAAAUACCAUCUAGCGAAGACGGCUGGAUAUGCUGAACUCACAGUCUCUUACUUUAGUGAAAAGGUCUUCAACUCUGUAAAGGCCACCCUUGAUCUUUCUGUUUUUAGAAGUCGAAUUGUACUAGAAAGCUUGAUAAUGGACCUGAAAAAGAAAAUCCCGAAUUUGAGCUUCAGUCCUUUGGAACCUAAUGGAACAGUCACCGUGAAAGGAUCAUUUCUGGCUACCAAGAGGCUCAGUGAGUCUUUGCUAUCAAAAGCAAGUUCCCUGUUCGAAAAAAACAAACAUUUUAUCAGUGAGGCGAGAGAGUGGAGUAGACAAAGCUCCCAAAGGAGUCUGCAGAGGAGUGAUAACUUGAUGCAGACGCCGAGGACCUCAGUUCCCGAGACCUCUAAGAGGGGAGAAGUGCUUGUGCUUGAUACAGACGUCUUCCUUUACCUGAAACAUAAGUAUGGAGUUUAUGAAACCACACUCAACCAAUACCAUAUUCUAAGCCGGGAGAGGGUGGAUGGUGAAGUUACCACCAUUUGUCUGAAUGCUCCAGUUGGUUUUCAGCCAAGCAAUGUACAACAUGUGAGAGAACUCAUUGAGCAAUGGUCCCAGGCUCUUUCCUUUGAGCUCAGAAAAGAAUCUUUUAUUUUUGGAGAAAAGAAAAAUAGCACAAAAAGAAAUAUUGAAUGGGCAUGUGACCAACUACGUACAAGAUACAGUAAGGUUCUGAUUAAUUAUUAUAGGACACACGUUGACAUUAUAGGAUCUUCUUCUGACACAUACCAUUUUAAAAAUGAAGUUAUGAAAUUAGUAGGGCGAAAGGUUAGUUAAUAGAAUCUCAGUCACAGUAAUGAUAGUAGUUGCUUUCUCUUUUUGAGUAGUGACAAUGCCAUGAAUAAUGUAAGCUUGAUGAACGUUAUCUCAUUUCAUCCUUACUGACCAGUUUUAAUUGUGAGCAUUUUUAUGUUGUAGAGGAAGAAACUAGGAUUUAGAACAGUUAAAAAUCUUGUCCAGGGCUGGGGAUUUAGCUCAGUGGUGCUGCGCCUGCCUCACAAGCACAAAGCCUUGAGUUUGAUCCCGGGAACCACAAACAAACAAACAAACAAAAAAACCAUCUCUUCCAAAGUUAUUCAUCUGACAAGAGUUAAAGCUAGGACUUAACCCAGUCUAAUUAACUACAAAGAUAGUAUCUAAAUAAAACUUUGAAAAAAAAAUCUCACUAAAAUUUGAAGAAAUCUUAUUUUCUCUGCAACUAUAAUAUAAGUGUUUUGGUUGAUUAUUACUAUGCCACUGGUAAUUUCAUAGCAUUUACAAAAUUUGCAUUUAUUCCAUAUAGAAUUAGAAUGUUGGCAAAAAUCACUUGCAUUUGUGAUACUGCUUUAUUUAGCCUAUGUGCUUACAUAAAAAUGUUAGAUCUGUUAUAAUUUGAGGACUCGAAAGAAAUCUAUAGGGUUGCUAUAACAGAUGCUCCUUCUAUGAUAGGGUUACAUCCCUUUGUAAGCUGAAAAUAUUGUAUAUUAAAAGUGUGUUUUAGUACAUGUGACUGGCUGAAUGUCCUAGGUUAGCAGCACAGCCAAGCGUAAAGUAUGGGCUGUUUACCUUUGCAGUCAAGUGGGUGAUAGAGCUGACUCCUUGCCACUGCUUCCUGUCCCUAGAGACUUGGACAGCACAUUCCUAGCCUGGGGAAAGAUCAGAACUCCAAAUUUAAAGUGUAGUUUCUACUGCAUGCAUGUAUAUGCGUGCACCAUUUUAAACUCAGAAAUCCAUAGAAAAAUUGAAUAAAUUGAAUAAUAGCCAAGCCAAGGGCCGUCUGUAUUCUUAGCAUCCAUACAUUUAUUUAAACGCUGUUACUGUAGCAAUUCAAUUAUAAAACAAAGAAAAUAGAAAAUAAACCCCUCACAAUAAUUUACUUAAACCUCUAUGUCUGCCUGGAAUUUAGUUUCAGAUUAAACUGAUUUUAAGUAUUUGAGGCACUUCAGAGAUCUCCCUAGUUUAAUAACUUCUGAAAUACUGCUACUUGCUUGGCGUCUCUGCUUACAGAAAAUGUUAGUCCUCCUGUUAUAAUUAUGAGAACUUUUGAAAACAAUCUGUCUCAAAGUAAACACAUAUGAUUAUGAUUAUCUGAACUGUUUGUCCCAGUAGAAAAGCUGUGACAAACCUGUCUGUAUAUUUUCAGUUUUCCUAGCCACCUAAAACUAAAUAAUUUCGAUUUCUAUUUCCUGAAAUAGUGUAUUUCUGACACCAGAAGCACAAGCAACAAAAGCAAAAACUGACUAAUGGUUUUACUAUAUCAAACUUAAACACUUGUGCAUCAGAGGAUAUGAUCAGCAGAAUCAAAAAAGAGCAGAUUCAUUCAGGUCAGGCUGCUAUUACAGGAACCCCACUGGGUCACUUAAACAGCAGCUAUUUAUUUAUCACAGUUCUGGAGGCUGGAAGUCUGAGAGGAGAGUUCAGCUAGGGUUGGGUCAUGGAGAGCCCUGAUCCUGAAGCCUAGAGAAAGGAAAGGAGAAGAAGUGCCCUCUCCUGCUCCUAAUUCUUAGAAGGGAACUAAUCCUAUCAUAAAGGCUCUACCCUACUGACUUAGUUUCCUCCCCAGGUUUCAGCAUAGGAAUCGCGGGAGCUCACAAACAUUUGGUCCAUGACCUUGUUUCCCUGAAUUCCUCCAGAAUUCAUGUCCUUGUCAAGUGCCCCAUGCAUUCAUUCCAUCCCAACAGCCCCAGACAUCAUCUCCGAUAAAGUCUAACAUUUAAAGUUUAAUCUAAAUCAGAUGUGAGUAAGACUCAAGUACAGUUCAGUCUGGCAAAAUUCCUGUUCUAAAAGGGAGGAAAAGAAGCGAAGGAAGAGCCAAGCAGGUUCAAACUUGGCAAGAUGAACUGCAUGAGAUCUUAAAGCUAGAACGUAAUUUUCAGUGUGUUCCUCUGUGCUUCAGGUCACCACAUACAACCCUUCACCAAAAAGCAAACCUAACUGUGACUUGACCUUGGGGGUUCCUGGCUUCCGGAACAGAGAGGAACACAUUUCCCCUGCGUGUUAGCCAUCUGGUGUGUCCUUUUGUUAUUUCAGUCUGUGACUAGGACAGAAGCAGAGAGCACAGUGAAGCAGCUACAAACCAAGGAACAGCAAAGGUUUCUGGGAACCACCAGAAACUGGAAGAGCCAAGGAAAGAGGCAUCUCUGCUGACACCUUGAUUUUUUAGAUUAUGGUUUCUAGAACUGUGAGAGAAUACAUUUCUGUUGUUUUAAACCACCAAGCUUGUGAUAGUUUACAUGGCAGCCCAAGAAAACAAAUAGAGCUGCCUUUCUUUCGACGUAUCCCUGGGGGCCUCCACCCUUGCAGAUGGUUUUGGGUGUGAGCCUCUGUGGACACUCCCUCAACUCCCUUCUUGAGGGUGGGGAUUUUUCUUUCUUUAUCUUAUUCAUCCCUAGUUUAUAACAGAACAACUAGCAUAUAUUUGGCAUUCCACAAAUACUUCUGAAAUAUAUGAACAAAUUUUAUAAUUUAAUACAGGGCCUUGCAC